CAAAUUCCCAUACAAUAAUAAUAGUCAACCAUACCAAACCAUUCUUCACAUAUGCACCCCAUUCAUUUCCUGCAUUCCUAUUUUUUUUUUUUGACAAAACCCUGCAUUCCUAUCCAAACCUCCCAUUCUGUAUUUCUGUUGCAUUCCGCGGUUAUUUUUAUUUUUUAAUUCAUCAUUUUUCUCUCUCCUCCAAUUCCAAUUUCACCCCUUAAUUCCAUCAAUGGCGUCUUCUGAAGAUCAAAUCACCUUCAGAACCAAAAUCCUUACUCGCCAUCUCAACCCAAUUUUCUCUUCAUCAUCAUCAUCACCCAAUCUUCUCUCCUCUUCGCCAUGCCUCUCCUACACUCCACCAGAACUCGUCGAAUCGGAAGCAAAUUUCGAUACCAAACAAAUGCGAUCUAUAUUGGAUUCCCACAACAUCAACCACCGUGACUGGUUGUACAACAUCAUGAUUCAGAGCAAUCUCUUUAACCCCUCGAUUCGCGGUCAUCGGAAAUUUGUUUGCCCUGAUUAUAAUCAAUCUAUGGAACAACAAAGGGAGAUUACCGUCAAGCGAAUUGAGUAUUUGCGUGAUUGUGGGGUUUUUUUGGGUUGGCUUACUGGGGAUUCGGAAGAAGAUGAGCUUCGUAAAAUGGCGUUGAAUGAAGUUUUGGCGAUUUAUGAUCAUUCCCUUGCUAUUAAGCUUGGUGUCCAUUUCUUUCUCUGGGGUGGUGCAAUCCAAUUUUUUGGCACAAAGCGUCAUCAUGACAAGUGGCUGAAAAUUACGGAGGAUUACGGCAUGAAGGGUUGCUUUGCUAUGACUGAGCUGGGGCAUGGAAGUAAUGUCAGAGGAAUUGAAACAGUCACGACUUAUGAUCCAAAUGCUAAAGAGUUUAUCAUCAAUACUCCAUGUGAAUCAGCUCAAAAGUACUGGAUCGGAGGAGCAGCUAAACAUGCAACUCAUGCUAUUGUUUUCUCACAACUCCAUAUAAAUGGGAAAGAUGAAGGUGUCCAUGCGUUUAUAGUGCAAAUCAGAGAUGAAGACGGCAAUGUUUGUCCAAAUAUACGUAUUGCUGAUUGCGGUCAUAAAAUUGGGUUAAAUGGCGUUGACAAUGGCCGUAUCUGGUUUGAUAAUGUUCGCAUACCUAGGGAGAAUUUGUUGAAUUCAGUUGCCGAUGUUUCUCCUGAUGGCCAGUAUCUUAGUGCCAUUAAAGACCCUGUUCAGAGGUUUGCAGCAUUUCUUGCUCCAUUGACAUCUGGACGUGUCAACAUUGCAGUCAGUUCCAUUUACGUUGCAAAGAUUGGUCUAGCUACAGCUUUAAGGUAUGCUUUGUCAAGACGAGCCUUUUCUCUGGCACCAAAUGAACCUGAAGUUUUAUUGCUCGACUAUCCAAGCCACCAGCGUCGACUCUUGCCUCUUCUUGCAAAGACAUAUGCAAUGUCCUUUGCCGGAAACUAUCUGAAAUCUAUAUAUGUGAAACGAUCACCUGAAAUGAAUAAGACGAUUCAUGUUGUUUCAAGUGCCCUAAAAGCUAUGCUAACUUGGCAUAACAUGCGGACACUUCAGGAGUGCCGUGAAGCCUGUGGGGGCCAAGGUCUGAAGACCGAAAAUCGUGUAGGUCACUUGAAAGGCGAGUACGAUGUGCAAUUAACCUUUGAAGGAGACAAUAAUGUUCUCAUGCAGCAGGUGAGUAAAGCAUUGUUUGGGGAAUACUUGGCUACUCAAAAGCAAAAUAGACCAUUUAAAGGAUUGUGGUUGGAGCAUAUGAACGGCCCCACCCCUGUUAUUCCUGCUCAACUGACAGGUUCUAUUCUCAGAAGUAGCCAGAUUCAGACUGACAUUUUCUACCUGAGAGAGAGAGAUCUGUUAAAACGUUUUGUAGCUGAAGUUUCAGCACAUCAAAAGCAAGGAAGAAAUAAAGAAUAUGCUUUUGCUCUGGCUUAUCAGCUUGCGGAAGAUUUGGGCAGAGCUUUUGCUGACAAGGCGAUUUUGCUUACUUCUAUUGAAGCUGAAGCUAAUGUUGCUGCUGGACCACUUAAGGAGGUGUUAGCGUUGUUACGAACAUUGUAUGCUUUGGUGGUCUUGGAAGAAGAUGCUUCAUUCCUUCGUUAUGGCUACCUGUCUGUUGAGAAUGCUGCUGUGGUGAGGAAGGAAGUGAUGAAGCUCUGCAGUGAACUUCGUCCUCAUACUCUGGCCUUGGUCAGUUCAUUCGGUAUACCAGAUGCGUUCCUGAGCCCUAUAGCGUUUGAUUGGAUUGACGCAAAUUCAUGGUCCUCAGUUCAAUAGUGACAGUGAUUCAAAUACUCAGGAGUACCGCUUUGUGCUUUUCCGUUUACAAGUAGAUAGUGAAUGUUAUCUACAGUAUGCAUCUUUUUAAAUAGAUUGAAGAUCAUACAAUCAGGUAACUGUAACCAUCAGCGGAAUGUGCCCAUUUUCUCACUUUCCUUCCCCCCCCCCCCUUUUAUUAUUACUAUUAUUAUUUUUUUCUUUGUAAACUUUUAACUAUCAGUUCUCUUGGAUAUAAAAUAAAGGAAAAUUUUCACAAA